AUUAGAUAAUAUCACAGAAUAUAGUCACAGUUGUAAUAGUGUUGCACUUUCUCUGACCACUGCAGUCAGUUAUUAUUAAAAAUAAAUAUGUGCUAGUGCACGUGACAUGGAUGAUUCCCAUCUCGGACCGAGCAGCUGAUACUGUGCAGCUGCUGCUAAAAAUACACGACACAGAAUGUGGACAAGUCAUUCCGUUUCUCAGGUCGCAGUGGGUUACCUUGGAUUACAAACUGAAAGGAGCAAAGCAAACAGAAACGGGAAAUAAUGAAGACUUUACGAUUCAUUAGUGCCCAGGCCUUGGUAUCAGAUGCCCAGGUUGCUCAGAGAAGCAUUGUUCAUGUAACACAAAACUUGUACCCUCUGCUCUUCAAAGCGAGCUAUUUACAGGAGCAGGCCACAGUGCUCCACGACUUGGUGGAAAACUGGCCAUUGGCAGAAUUCAAUAUCUCAAAACUCUUGGGGAAGACAGCGGACUGUGAGAAGGAUCUCUGCAACAGGACAUGUCAAAUUUGUCUACAAGCAUGUUUAACAGGGCUGAAAGACUACGUUCUGAAUAGUUCAGCCACAUAUGCGAAGAGACUCAAAGUGGUCGACCUAACGGGACUCAAUGAUAUUGAAUUUCAGGCUUGUGAUUGUGGAAAGGCUCUGGGGAGGUGGGGGAGAACUGAAUUGAUGGCAAGGACCUGUUUUGAUUUGCUUGUGGAGAUACAAGCCCGUGAACUGGAAGAUUUGGUAGCUGACAUCUCAGUUGAGGUCUUCAUGAGCAUGUUUGUGACACAGCGGAGCUAUGAAGUAGUGGUGGAGGCUUUGUUGCUGAGGGGGCAGUGCCCACUGAAGAUCAGAUGUGUUGAAUUCAGAGCUGACAGCCUGGCAUUGAGGAAGUUGUUUUAUAUUAUCAAGCUGGUUAAGUCUGAGACUCUGCAGAAAUUAGAGUUGGUCCACAACAUUCGUAUGGAAAUGGAGCAUUUUGACUUCCUCUUGAGUGAAGUGCCACUCCCAUUGCUUAGGUCACUGACACUCCCAGCAAGGACCUUUGACGUACGCAGAAUGACACAAGGAGAUGAAUCUCUGCUUGUGAAAAUUGGAGAGAGGUUAAGUGAACUGAACUUUCUUGCAGAACUGAACUUGGCUUUUUCCACUCUCACUGGUCGAAUACGUAAAAUACUCAGCCCUUUGAAAACUCCUCUGCACUCCUUAAAUGUGUCCAGUUGCUGCCUGAAUCAUGCUGAUAUGGCCUACCUGGCCAACAGCCUGCAUGCUGAAUACCUGGAAGUGCUGGACCUAAGUGGGCACAGUGUCGCUGACCUAUUCCCAUCAACUUUCUUCAAGUUACUUGGUCGUGCAUCCCGCACUCUGAGGAGCCUGACUCUAGAGGAAUGCAACAUCAGCGAUGAGCAUGUCAACUUGUUACUGUUAGCCUUAGAGCCCUGCAAAAAGUUGACACUUUUCAGCUUCCUGGGGAAUCCACUCACUUCGAGAUCCCUUCGCCGCCUCUUCCAACUGUUUACUGUGCUGCCCUUGCUUUGUAAAGUUGAAUUUCCGGUUCCAAAAGACUGUUACCCACCAACUUUCACUUACCCACUGACUGAUGAGAAUCUGGUGAAAUAUGAUAGGGAACGGUUUGCAGAGAUUAACCAAGAAUUAAUGAUGAUAUUGUCCCAGGCCAAUCGAUAUGAUAUUGUUGCAUCAACUCCACUUUUUGGUAGUUUUGAUUCCAACAUUCAAGAGACGUGUAAUGAACUUAGUGUUGUAUUGCUUCAGUCAUUCACGGAUGCUAUUUCCAAUCUUUUAACUGCUUUGAAACAAGUGGAUUAGCACAUUAUGCAAAAAAAAAGAGUGGUAAAACAUGAUGAUUAUAAUUUUAUGCAAUAUAACCAAGGAAUAGAAUAGUUUUGCACUGAGUUGUUAAAAUCUGAAACGCACUGCCAUAAAUGGGUGGUAGAGGCAGAUUAGGCGAUUACCUUCAAAAGGAAAUUGGAUGUAUAUCUAGGCAAGUAAAAUUUACACAGCUAUAGGGAAAGAGCAGAAGUAAGAGCUAUUGAGGACUGGAUGACAGCAAUAAUUCGGAAAGUUGUUGAAAGAUCAGUGAGACAUAAGUGUAAUUUUGCAAUUACCUAACUGAUUUACCUUUCAUUUCUUGUUCUCAAGAUUUUCAUAGCACUUUACCCUUGUCACCAUGGACUAAGUAUUCAAUGACAUUCCAUGUAAGAUGUCAUUUCAUGCUCAAGACCUAAUAAUGCUUAAUUGGUCAAUGCCAUCACUGUAUUCACUUGGAUGGGUAUAAAAGAUCCACAAGACUUUUCAAAAAGAGUAGCUGGGUUAUACAUCCUGUUCUGGUUAACAUUUGGUCCAAUAAUUAUGGACAUUUUCAAUAUUUGUACAGAUUUCACAAUGGAAUUUUCAAAUUGUCAUUUUCAAGGUUAAUUCAUCAAGCAUAUUUGGGAUAGUUGUUUCGAACAAUACAUCUGAAACCGGGAAAGGCUACUGGUAUUACAUAGCGACACAGUAGUAAUCAAUGAUCUUAUGAUAAAGGGUCCUUGAGUGAAAAGUGAUCAUAACAUGAGCAAAUUUUACAAUCAUCUUGAGGGUGAGAACUCUGAGCCUAAAACCAAGGUGUUAAACUUAAAUAAAAGCAAUUACAAAAAUAAGAAGACAGAAUUGCCUACAGUGGACAGGGAGAAUGGAUUAACAGGUAAGGUGGUAGCUAAGCAGUGGUAGGCCUUUAAGGAAAUCUUGCUUUGCUCUCAAAAUAGUUAUCUUUCAUUUAAAAAGAAGGGUAAUUGAGAAGGAUGAAUUAUCCACUGCUAGUUAAGAAAGUUUGAGAUGCUGUCAAAUAAAAAAAAACACAUUGCUGUGACAAUUUGGAGCCAGCUAGAAGAAUUGAAAGAAUUCAUAAAAGUCAGCAAAGGAUAAGAAAUAAUCAUAAUUAGGAGGAAGAAAUUAAAUUAUGAAGGUAAUCUAUUAAGAAAUGUAACAUCAAACAAUUGGCUUUCUACAACUGCAUAAAAACGAAAGAGAAUAGUUAAAGUGUGUAUUAUCAUUUAGAAAUGGUUCAUGAAUAGGAAAGAUUUAGAGGGAUAUGGGCCAAACACAGGCAAAUGGGACUAGUUCAAUUUAGGAUAC